UAUUUUAAAAUAUAUCAUAGCUAAUUUAGAGGACAAGAUUCCCACCACACGAUUCCGUUCUCAGGCUCAUCCAGCUGAGCUUCUCCAUGGAAUCCAGCGCUGAUCUCGAAGCUACUCUUCUCGGCGAUCGCUCGCCGGAGAGGCGAACCCGCGCCACCAUCGCCGCCGUAUCCCUCAUCGUGUUGGGCUUGGGUUUCAUCCUCGUCUUCACCGUCUUCCAGAUCGAUCACAAUGAUGGCCAGAUUUGGAGAAGGGAUGAGCCGCGCUUGCGGUUGGAGAGGAAGGAGGAGGUUGAAUCGGAAGUGGGGGUGGUGGCGGCCGAUGAUGGGAGGUGCUCUGAGAUCGGGGUGAGCAUGUUGAAGCUCGGUGGGCAUGCUGUAGAUGCGGCGGUGGCGACAGCGUUGUGCCUCGGAGUUGUGCAUCCGAUGUCGAGCGGGAUCGGCGGCGGGGCCUUUAUGGUCGUUCGAUCGUCCGAUGGUGGCGAUGCGGAGGCGUUCGAUUCGCGGGAGACCGCUCCGGCCGCUGCUUCUCAGAACAUGUAUGCCAAAAAUCCAUCCUCCAAGAUCAGAGGAGCACUCUCAGCAGGAGUGCCAGGAGAAAUAACCGGACUCCAUGCAGCUUGGUUGAAAUAUGGCAAACUCACUUGGAAGUCUCUCUUUCAACCAUCAAUAAAACUAGCCAGAGAUGGCUUUACAGUAACACCCUACUUUGAAUCCAUUCUCAAAGACUCAGAGGAUGCUAUAAUGGCAGACCCUGGUUUGAGGCAAGUGUAUGCACCCAAAGGGAAAUUGUUGCAGGCCACCAAUACUUGUUACAACUCUCAGCUUGCUAGCACAUUGGAAAUCAUUGCUGAUGAGGGACCACAAGUAUUGUACAAUGGAACUAUUGCUGAAAAAUUAGUUGAGGAUGUGAAGAAUGCUGGGGGUAUUAUCACAAUGGAGGAUAUGAGACAGUAUAGAGUAAAGAUCACAAAGGCUAUGGAAACUAAGGCAUUGGGUUUCACAGUACUUGGCAUGCCUCUUCCCUCCAGUGGAACUAUUGGAAUGACUCUGAUUUUGAAUAUUUUAGGUAGCUACGGUUCGUCGGAUGCUCUGAAAGGCCUCCUUGGUCUCCAUCGUUUUAUCGAAGCAUUGAAGCAUAUGUUAGCUAUAAGGAUGAACCUCGGUGACCCUGAUUUUGUCGACGCAACAAAAUAUGAGUCCCUGAUGCUUUCAUCCUCUUUUGCAGAGAAGAUCAGACACAAGAUACUUGAUAACACAACAUUUGAUCCUAGCUAUUAUCUAGACAGGUGGAAUCAGUUGGAUGACCAUGGAACCAGCCAUGUUUCCAUUGUGGAUGCUGAAAGGAAUGCGGUAGCUAUGACAAGUACCGUAAACUAUUACUUCGGCGCGAAGGUACAGUCACCGUCCACUGGCAUUGUGCUUAACAAUGAGAUGAACGAUUUCUCAGUUCCUGGAGAACCAACUCCCGACGAACUCCCACCAUCUCCUGCCAACUUCAUUGAACCAGGGAAGAGGCCACUGUCCUCCAUGACUCCUGUUAUCAUCCUCAAGGACAACCAACUUGCAGGCGUUGUCGGAGCCAGUGGUGGAAUUUAUAUAAUACCGGCCGUAACCCAGGUUUUCAUAAAACAUUAUAUACUGGGGAUGGAACCUCUAGCUGCUAUUCAGCAUCCACGGGUUUAUCAUCAUCUAAUACCUAAUGUGGUGACUUAUGAGAACUGGACGACGGUGAAUGGUGAUCAUAUAGAGUUCAUGGAGAAAGCCAAGGUUUUCUUGGAGGAGAGGGGUCACCAAGUCAAGGGAAUGUCAGGAGGGGGAUUCUCCCAGCUUGUUGUACAUAACCUUACAAAUCCGGUCGACAUAAACAAGAGGAAAGCCGCGCCACUAGGAAAAAACAGUGUUUUCUAUGGGAUGCUCACUGCUGUUAGCGAUCCACGGAAAAGUGGAAGGCCUGCUGGAAUAUAACUGAUAUGUCACAUUGGGACUCUAUUCCGAAUCCCGCAUAUGAAGCUAUACUAUAAGUUGUCUAUACAUCUCUUUGUAGCAAAAAAUUUAGAACUUAAAAUUGAAUCGAAAUAAGCAUUAAUGCAGACAUUCCCUGAAAUCACAGCUUGUUUGACAUGAUUA